AUGUUCAUCCUGAAGCAGGAAGAGUACAAGAAGGAGGGCAUCAAGUGGACCUUCAUUGACUUCCAGAUGGUCCUGGCGGCCUGCUUAGAGCUCAUCGAGAAGCCUGCAAUCCACCUGAUGGGCACCUUCUCUGUCUUGGAAGAGGAGUGCAUGUUUCCCAAGGUGACAGACACCUCCUUCAAGAAUAAGCUGUCUGACCAGCACCUGGGAAAAUACAACAACUUCCAGAAGCCUAAGGAAAACUUGAACCAGCUGACGUCCAAUUUAAGAACCACUCACCCACACUAUGUGUGCUGUGUUUUGCCUAUGUUAUUCAGGGCCAUGGAACACAGCCUAGUCCUUUACCAGCUCAGGUGUAAUGGCAUCCUGGAAGGCAUCUGCAUCUGCAGGAAGCCGUUCCCCAACAGAAUCCUGUAUGGAGACUUUCAACAGAGAUGUCGAGUGCUGAAUGCUAGUGCCAUUCCAGAAGGCCAGUUCAUUGACAGCAAGAAAGCUUGUAGGAAGCUCUUAGAUUCCAUUGAAACUGACCACACACUGUACAAAUUUGGACACACCAAGGUGUUCUUUAAGUCUGGCUUGCUAGGAACCCUGGAAGAGAUUUGGGAUAAGUGUUUGGCCAAACUGAUCAAUCAGACUCAAGCCGUGUACAGAGGGUUUCUCAUGCCUGUGGAAUUCCAGAAGAUGAUGCAGAGGAGGUUGAGCAUGGUCUUAGAGAGUGAGAAUAUUUUGGAUGCUGAGGAGCGAUGGGACCAGCUGAUCAAAGCCAAGUUCCAGGUGGAGGCCAAGAUCACAGGUGACCAAGAGAAUGAGGAGAUCAACGCCAAGCUGACAGUCAAGAAGAGGAAGCUGCAGGAUGAGUGCAGAGAGCUGAAGAAAGACAUUGAUGACCUUGAGCUGACAUUGACCAAGGUUGAGAAGGAAAAACAUGCCACAGAAAACAAGAUACUUGCUCUUCUUGCAGUUUCUCUCCAGCAAAAUGUACUCACUGCUAACCAAGCUCUGCUUCAUCUUCUAACUGCUGUGGCUUCUUUUAGGUAA